CGUUCCGGUGCGAACAAUAAAGAUUAUUUGAAGUCAGCCAAUAUGGCGGAGUACGAUCUCACGACCAAGAUUGCGCAUUUUCUGGACCGGCAUUUGGUUUUUCCUUUGCUGGAGUUCUUGUCUGUGAAAGAGAUCUACAAUGAGAAGGAACUCCUGCAAGGAAAGCUGGAUCUCCUCAGCGACACAAACAUGGUGGAUUUCGCCAUGGAUGUGUAUAAAAACCUGUAUUCGGACAAGGAAAUCCCACACUCCUUGAGGGAGAAGAGGAGCACCGUGGUGGCUCAGCUGAAGCAGCUCCAGUCAGAGACCGAGCCAAUAGUGAAGAUGUUUGAAGACCCAGAGACCACUCGGCAGAUGCAGUCCACAAGGGAUGGACGGAUGCUCUUCGAUUACCUGUCAGAAAAGCACAAUUUUCGUCAGGAAUACCUGGACACUCUGUACAGAUACGCCAAAUUCCAGUAUGAGUGCGGUAAUUACUCCGGUGCUGCUGAAUACCUCUACUUCUUCCGUGUCUUGGUUCCCUCCACAGACAGGAACGCUCUGAGCUCUCUGUGGGGAAAACUGGCCUCUGAAAUCCUCAUGCAGAACUGGGAGGCAGCCAUGGAGGAUCUGACUCGUCUACGGGAGACCAUCGAUAACAACUCGGUGAGCUCCCCGCUGCAGUCGCUCCAGCAGAGGACCUGGCUCAUCCACUGGUCCCUCUUUGUGUUCUUUAACCACCCCAAAGGCAGAGACAACAUCAUCGAGCUCUUCCUCUACCAGCCACAGUACCUGAAUGCCAUCCAGACCAUGUGCCCACACAUCCUGCGGUACCUCACCACGGCAGUCAUCACCAACAAAGACGUGCGGAAGCGCAGGCAAGUGCUCAAGGACUUGGUGAAGGUCAUUCAGCAGGAGUCGUACACAUACAAAGACCCAAUCACCGAGUUUGUGGAGUGUCUCUACGUGAACUUUGACUUCGACAGCGCCCAGAAGAAGCUGCGGGAGUGUGAGUCGGUUCUGGUGAACGACUUCUUUUUGGUGGCUUGUCUUGAAGACUUCAUCGAGAACGCUCGACUCUUCAUCUUUGAGACGUUUUGUCGGAUCCAUCAGUGUAUCAGCAUCAGCAUGCUGGCAGACAAGCUCAACAUGACGCCCGAGGAGGCGGAGAGGUGGAUCGUCAACCUCAUCCGGAACGCCAGACUCGACGCCAAGAUCGACUCCAAACUGGGGCAUGUCGUCAUGGGCAACAACGCCGUGUCGCCGUACCAGCAGGUGAUCGAGAAGACCAAGAGCUUGUCUUUCCGCAGUCAGAUGCUGGCGAUGAACAUCGAGAAGAAGGUGGCGCACAGCAACAGGAACGAGACGCCGAACUGGGCGGCUCAGGACUCCGGCUUCUACUGAGACGCUGCAGGAGGCUCCCGGGACCGGAGACGACUUCUUCUAUUCUUAAAUUAAUUGGUUCAUCCACAUUUGUCACAACUCCAGGUUUAACUUGUGCAAUACACCAGAGUUCAGGAGGGGCAGCUAUUGGCUUCAUGUGUUCACUUGAGCUACUUUUUACUGAAAAUGAGCUCUGUUUUCAUCCUGUUACACUUACAGUUGGAGAUCAAUUUAAUUUCUGCAUUAAUUAUAUAAAAACUUUCUAAAUUGCUGAUGUGACCCCAAAAUGUCAAUUAAACAUUUUUGCCC